AUGCGGGAAGUGUAUUGUCGUUCGGCGUGCUCUCGUCUUGCUUCCCGUAGCAGUCAGCUCCGCUAUGCACCUCUUUCCAUCCUGCCCCUCGGCUCCUUCCCACCGUUAUCUUCCAACCCGCAGGUUGCGGCGUCAUCCGCGACAAAGACAGCAGAACCCGUAGUGGAGGAAUCGACCACAAGGUGCUUGUUUCUAGAGGUGCAAUGUGCUCCUUUCUGUCAUCUCACACCCCCUCGUGGCCACCAGUACGGUUUGGCGCACAUCUCAACGGGCGACCUGCUGCAGGUUAACUCUCUGGCAACUCUCCUGUCUCAUUCUCCUCGUUUCUGCCUCCUUAUCGCCUCCGACCCCCUCGCCAUCAGUACGGUUUGGUGCACAUCUCAACGGUCGACCUGCUGCGGGUUGAUUGCGCUGAAGCACGCCUGUCUCAUUUCUCCUCGUUCCCGCCUCCUUAUCGCCUUCCACCCCUCCUUCCAUCCGUUCUUUCACCCCUCGUGGCCGCCAUACGGUUUGGCGCACAUAUCAACGGGCGACCUGCUGCGGGAUGAGGUGGCGCGCGACACGGAGAACGGCAGGCAGGCCAAGGCGUUCAUGGACGCGGGGCAGCUCGUGCCUGACGACCUCGUCAUCAGCAUGGUGCAGGCACGUCUAUCCCAGCCGGACGCGCGGACCAAGGGGUGGCUGUUGGACGGCUUCCCGCGCUCGCCCGCACAGGCACAGGCGCUCAUGGACGCGGGGGUGGUGCCCGACGUCUUCCUGCUGCUGCAGGUGCCGGACAGCAUUCUAGUGGACAGGGUGGUGGGGCGCAGGCUGGACCCGCACACCAACCGCAUCUACCACCUCACCUUCUCCCCUCCCGAGAGCGAGGAGGUUCGAGCGCGGCUCAUCCAGCGGUCUGACGACACGGAGGAGAAGGCGCUAGCACGAGUGGAGGUGUACAAGCAGCACGUGACGCAUGUGGUGAAUGGAUACAGGGAGAAACUGGUGGAGGUGAACGGGCAUCGAGGCAAGCACGAGGUGUUCGCUGACAUCAGCAGCGCUCUCGACAAGGCCAGGGCAGACAAGGCGGGGGCACCAGCAGCAGCGGAAGAGGGCGCGUGGAGGGGCAUGCCAACGCGGCUGAACGACAUCCCUCACAGCCGGGAGAUCCGGCAGUACUUUUAUGACGAUGCCUGCUGCGCUGCUGUCAACGCCGUGGCCGCCGGCAAGCAGAGGAUCAAGCUGGAGUGUCUAAUCCCAGAGCUCAACCCCCAAAUGGACGUGUACCGCAUCGGCACGCUGCUGGAGCUCAUGCGGGAGCUGGCAUUCACCUUCGCACGCAAGGGCAAGCGAGUCAAGGUGUGUGUGCAGGGCAGCAUGGGGUCGGGCAUAUUCGCGGGCAUGCCGUUGCAGCUGGCGGGCACGCGCAGGCUGCUGGAGGCCAUGGACUGGGGAGAGGAGCUCAACGACAAGAUCGUUCUCGGCUCCGUGGGAGCUGCUGAGGUGGCACCGGAGGAUGACGUGGUGAUCAUCAUGGCUCCUCAGAAUGCUGUUGGCAACUGCAUCCUUGAUGAUCUGCAAGCCAUGGUGGAGGCGGCAGCACCACGGCCCGUCAUCAUCCUCAACCCGCGCCUCAAGGACCUACCUAGUGCAGCGGGGGUGAUGCAGGUGGCGGGGAGGGCGGAGAGGGUGGCAUUCACAGACACAUUCGAGCUCUGCUACCUCAUGCGCCUGCUCUACCUCUCGGGCACGCAGUACCCCAUCCUCGGUGCUCUCAGGAUGCGCUAUCCGGACCCCUAUGAGGUGUACAAGCGCGUGGACGUGUCGUUCGGAGUGGAGCGCUACGACCUCAUGGCUACUCUGCCCUCCCUGCCCACCUCUGCUGACAUCAGCGACGCCUUCGCUGGCAAGACGCCACGGUCACAGACACAACCGGAAGGCAUCUGGGGCUGGCUCGCCAAGGUCUUUUGA